GCUGGAUUGCCGCGGGGCAUACUGGGCCAAGAUGGCAGCAAUGACGAAGGCGCUUCCGCGGCGACUGGUGGGCUUGGCGUCCCUUCGGGCUAGAUGCUUGGGGAACUAUCCCAGCGUACCGAGCGGGACUUGCGUUGACUGGAGCCAAGCUGUGAUUCCCUUGGAAUUGCACUUUGAUCCUGUUCGAUCCUGAUGUUUCCCCUCUCCCAUUUUCGGCACAGGUCAGCACCUCAUCUAUGGACACUUUACCAAAGCAAGUGAAAAUUGUGGAAGUUGGUCCCCGAGACGGUCUACAAAAUGAAAAGAAUAUCGUAUCUACUCCAGUGAAAAUCAAGCUGAUAGACAUGCUUUCUGAAGCAGGACUCUCUGUUAUAGAAGCCACCAGCUUUGUGUCUCCUAAGUGGGUUCCCCAGAUGGCUGACCAUGCUGAAGUCUUGAAGGGCAUUCAGAAGUUUCCUGGCAUCACCUACCCAGUCCUGAUCCCCAAUUUGAAAGGCUUCGAGGCAGCGGUCACCAAGAAGUUAUACUCAAUGGGCUGCUACGAGAUCUCCCUGGGGGACACCAUUGGUGUAGGCACCCCAGGGAUCAUGAAAGACAUGCUGUCUGCUGUCAUGCAGGAAGUGCCUCCGGCUGCCCUGGCUGUCCACUGCCAUGACACCUAUGGCCAAGCCCUGGCCAACACCCUGAUGGCCCUGCAGAUGGGAGUGAGUGUCGUGGACUCUUCUGUGGCAGGACUUGGAGGCUGUCCCUAUGCACAGGGGGCAUCAGGAAACUUGGCCACGGAGGACCUGGUCUACAUGCUAGAGGGCUUGGGCAUUCACACGGGUGUGAAUCUCCAGAAGCUUCUGGAAGCUGGGAACUUUAUCUGUCAAGCCCUGAACAGAAAAACUAGCUCCAAAGUGGCUCAGGCUACCUGUAAACUCUGAGCCCCUUGCCCACCUGAAGCCCUGGGGAUGGUAUGGAAAUAGGUGCACACACAGAUGAUUCAUGGAUGGAAACACGGAAAUGAGAAUGAGGUUAAAUGGUGCAGGUACCUCAUAGCCAGCUCUACACAGAGGUCUCUCCUGGCAGAAAGCAGGUGAGGGGCGGGAGGAGCUGCUUGGCAGCAGGACCUCCUGCCCAGACCUGAGUAGGAGCAAGAGGCUUUGAGGGCUGAAGUCUCCCUUCAUUAUGGACCCUGGCCCAGAAGUUGAAUCCCUGAGGACAUGUGGGAACCCCAUUCCCUACUUGGCAUGAUCCUUGAGUCUCUUCUCUGGAUGGAAUCUGCGAGCUGGCCACCUGGCCGCCCUCUACACAGCUCCACCCUGCCAUGGCUUUUGGGCCCUUGCUCUCUGACUUCUCAGGACACAGGUCAUGGGGCUUCUUCCCAAGCUGGCAGAGACCAUUUGUGGAAAGUGGAGAGCUUCGUGCUGGCCAUCUGCCAACUCCAGCAUCUCUGGAAAAAAUCCACGCUGAAUGUGAUUUUUGAAAACAGCUUAUGUAAUUAAAGGUUGAAUGGCACAGAAUCAUUCCGGCA